AUGGAGCGUCUUGAUAAACCAGCACUCAAUGCGCUGCAGCCUCCAGAGUUCAGAAAUGAAAACUCUUUAGCUGCAACCCUGAAGACACUCCUGUUCUUCACAGCUUUAAUGAUCACAGUUCCUAUUGGGUUGUAUUUUACAACUAAAUCUUAUAUAUUUGAAGGUGCCCUUGGAAUGUCCAAUAGAGACAGCUAUUUUUAUGCCGCACUUGUUGCUGUUGUUGCUGUUCAUGUGGUUUUGUCCCUGUUUGUGUGUGUGGCCUGGAAUGAAGACUCACGACAGUGGCGUGAAGGCAAACAGGAUUAAAGUGAACAUCACCUUUUGAUAGCAUGAAAUUUAUUUUUGAAUAUGUUAAAUAAUUCCGGGGUACUGAUAAUAAAUACAUUUGUUU